GGGCGGCGGCCGGGCCGGUGCGCACAGACUCUCCCGCACCUGCUCCCUCCUCCUCCUCCUCGCCCACCUGGCUGGUGGGCUCGGCCAUCCCCAGCGUGCUCGGCGGCAGCAGCAGCAGCAGCCGCCGCCGCCGCCGCCACAGCAACAUGUUGCCGAGGGGAGCCUCGUCCAUGCCGCCGCCUCCCAACCCCGCUGCCUACUUCCCGCCCCCCCGGGUCACUUUGCCCUCCGGCCUGGAGAUCCUGCGCACCUACUCGGGAGCCGUCAUCUUCCUGGAGAUCCUGUUUGGAACAAUAGUCUGGAUUUUGGUAGCUUCUACCCGAGUUCCACUGCCACUGCUGCAGGGAUGGGUGAUGUUUGUAGCGGUCACUGCGUGGUUCCUGUCCAUUGUGUUCCUCUGUGUGUUCCUCUUCGGUUAUGCAAAUAGAAUUGCUGUCAACUGGAACCAGACAGAUUUUCUUUUCCAUGGGGCUACUUUUGUCUUUUAUUUUGGAGCUUUUCUACUGCAAGCAGGAACCACAUCUCUGCAUCACUUUCCCCGCAAGUUCAAUUCCACCACACAUGAGAAGAUUCUAGCUGAUCACGAAUAUAACAUAAGCAUAGCAGCCUCGAUUUUUGCCUUUGCAACAGCUGUUUGUUAUGGAUGCAGCACAGCCCUGGCAUUAAGGAGAUGGAGGCUAUAGCAGUUGAAGAGAGGUUAAUGCCUGAGUGUACCACUUCAGAUAAAAUUAAGUGCAACUCGUCUGUUUUACUGUAACCUAAUUCCAAAAAGACUUUUUUGUUUGCUUGUUUAAAACCUGUUUUGAAGUGCUGAAGUGCAAAUAACACCUAAUCGGGAUUUCCUUAACAGAAAAAAGUUUCCAUCUCUUCCCUUUCUAAUUUUUACUUUUAUUGUGUACUCAUUUGAAGCACACUCAUUGUAUGGUAUUAGAGAGUUCAGGGAUAAAUAGAUGUGUCAGUAGCAGAUAACAGAAUUCUAGUGCUAAAUCAGAAGAGGAAGAAAAUGGAAACUAAACCAACGUGCUAACUGUAUAGGCAGCUAAGAAGCUCCCCCCUUGUUAAGUCCUGGGAUUGGGCCUGAAGUGUUUUGCAUCCUUACAGUGCAUUCCACACAGAGCCUGAGGCUCCUUGUCCAGUCAUGUUUUAUGUGUGCUGCUCCCUGCAUGAUCAGAGCCCAAGCUGACUUUGUGAUACCAACUUAGUAUACGUAAAUACAUAAUAGUUAUUAACAUGAUGUACAGAGAAAAUAUUUUAAAUGUACAUUCCGUGAAAUCUUUUGAUACUCCUUUAGAGCCGUAUCUGGCUAUGGUCAUCUGAUCCUUAAAUCUUACUGUGUUCCUUAGUAGAUGGAAACUACUGUUUGGGACUGUCAGUCAGUAGUUGAUUAGUUUUAGGAAUUUAGCUUAAUCAGAUCUAUUUAUACUGCAAAACAAAACAGUGCAUUUGUGUUGUGUGUGUAUAUACAUGGUAUAUUUUCGUUUAACAGGAAUAUUUGCACUGUUUUACUUUGUUGGAGUCCAGCUUUCUCUUUGUUACUUCAGUGGUGCAUUUGUUACUUAUUAUGUGAGUCAAUAUCAUUUGAAUGGAAUGUUACCAAGCGGAGAAUAAUGUCUGACCUCAAUUCUUGCAGUGUGUUAUUUGCUGCAUUCUAAACCUGCAGUGUUGCAAAGGUGUUUUUAUUGGACAGAUGCCUAAAGCAGUGGAAUGCAAAGUGGUCUGCCCACUAUGGAGUUUGGUUUUGGCACAAAUUAAGUUUAAUUGAGCUUAAAUAUCCCUGUUGUGUAAUGGCAUAUGAUAUUUUAUAUAGAAAAUUAAUUUAACAAAUCUAAAAGAUAGUAUCAUGCUCUGCUCCCUAACACUCAUGCUGUUUUGGUGACACUUAUUUACUAGCAUUAUUUUUUAAAAAAAAUCUCUUGCAUAUAGUGCCAAAUUGAUAACAUAGGAGAAAAAAGGCUCCCUGUCAUUUGUAAAACAACUUGCUCACCACAUCUUGCCACUGCACCUUAAUAAUUUGCAGAGACCAGCAGUGGCUGGGGAAGAAAAGUCAGGACUUUCUUCAUUCCCAGGCCUACUCCUUGAGCCAGCAAAUGUGUCUGCUAUGAAGGUUACUUUAUCAAACCUGUCAGGUACAAGGAUAUCUGAGAGCCAGCCACCCUCAGUAGUGCCCUGCAGUCCUUGCUGACCCAGGACAGGUUCUUAUGGAUGACACAGCAGUGAGUUGCAGCCUUUCUGACUACUGGAACCACUUGCUUGUCCUGAAUUACUGCAAUGGGAUGUUUUUGUAUAUCUUGUUUUCUGAAAAUUUUAUCUUCCAAAGAUUUUGUACUCUGGCUGAUUAUUUUUUUUUUCUAAUUAUCAACUUGCAUUGAAACUUGUUUUGUGAACAUUUUAUCUAGUGCCAUAUACUUUUUAAAGUACUUCAUGUUGUGUACAAUACAUUUACACUGGAGUAUAUGGAUGAAAGUAAAUAACAAAGACUUAUGCUAAGCAGCAUUAAAGUUACUUAAUGUAUGUA